GUCUUUAAAUAGAAAUAGUAAUAAUUUGUUUUUCUUCCAUUUUAUUUCACGUGCAUUAAUUAAUAUAAUAUUAUAAAGUACGCCCAGUUCAAUAUUUGCACAGGCACCAAAAAAUGAAAGAAAUGGAAAAAAACAAAGGAGUAGUUGGGGGAGUGAGGAAAGGUGCAUGGACAAAAGAAGAAGAUCAAAUGUUGAAGAAAUGCGUUCAAACCUACGGAGAAGGAAAGUGGCAUCUUGUCCCUCUCAGAACUGGGCUGAACAGAUGUAGGAAGAGUUGCAGAUUGAGAUGGUUAAAUUAUCUGAGGCCGAAUCUUAAACGAGGAAUAUUCAACCAAGACGAAAUCGAUCUCAUUGUUCGCCUUCAUAACUUGCUCGGAAACAGAUGGUCAUGGAUUGCUGGUAGAGUCCCGGGAAGAACGGCGAACGACAUCAAGAACUUCUGGAACACCCACUUCCACAAGAUAUCCACGUCACCCACCACCGCCGUUGGAGAAAGUUCUAGAACGGCCGUCGUCGUGAAAACGAUCACCGCGAAUAACAUCAUAAGGCCCCGUCCACGGACCGUGUCCAAUAAUAAUAAUAAUAAUAUAAUUAAUUAUCCGAGCGAUGAAGUAAUAGUAACGACGUCCAAAUUAACAAAGGAAACAAUAAUAAUAAAUGAUAAAGAUAUUAAUAAUAAACUCAAGAAUAAUAAUGUAGAGGAAUUAUUAGAUGAUCAAAGCAUUAAUAAGUGGUGGGGUGAUUUGCUGGAAAUGACUGAAAAACUAGAUGAUGCAGAAUUUCCGCCGCCGCUGUUAUUUUCCGACCAGCAGUACCACCCACUUAUUGAAACGACGCCGUUGUUAUCGCCGGGACUACCACCGCCUCCUCCUCCUCCUCAUAAUAAUAAUAAUAAUAAUAAUAAUGAUUGUUUGAAUGAUAGUGGUUUAUUCUUAGAUGUUGAUGUUUGGGAACUUUUAAACUGCCAUGAUUAUUGAUGUAUGUGCUAUCUUUUUCAUUGCAAUAUAAUAAUUUGUUUUUUUUGGUU